AGCGUAUAAAUUCAGCAGCCCACUGUUUCUCUCUCUCUCUCUCUAUAUAAAGUUUUGCCGCUUCUCAGAAUGUGGAAGAAACAGCUUCAAAUUUCUACGCGAAUCUCAUCAAUUCUUUCUCGAGCAAUUACUUCAAAAGAUUCCAGUUCUUCAGUUUCCAAUUCCCACAAUUACAGUUCUUCGAUUUUUUUUUCUUCUUCCUGUUUACUUGGAAGAACCGAAGGAAAACCUUUUCCUUCAGCCGGAGGUUUAUAUUUCAGAAACCCAGGUGGUAUUUUUACGAGAGGGAGUUUUGCGGAUUUAUUUGUGAAAAACGACAACUUUUAUUGUUCCCAGUCGAAGUCCGCCGAGAGAUUUCACUGCUGGAAUUGCGGUGCCGAGGCUGAGAGUGCGACGCCGUUUCUCUUCUGCCGGGCCUGUCGUAGCGUCCAAUCCGUUGAUGAAUCGAUAGAUUAUUUUCAAAUUUUUGGAUUGGGAAGGAAAUAUAAAAUUGAGGUGGAAGAAUUGGAGAAGAAGUACAAAGACUGGCAAAAAAUGCUGCAUCCUGAUCUAGUUCAUUCAAAAUCCCAGAGGGAGAGGGAGUAUGCUGCUGAACAGUCAGCUCGGGUGAUAGAUGCAUAUCGCACACUCACUGACCCAUUGUUGAGGGCAAUCUACAUUGUAAAAUUAGAAGGUAUACUUGUUGAUGAAGAAGAAAGGAUUACAGACCCUGAGCUUCUAGCUGAGGUCAUGGAAUUAAGGGAAGCUGUUGAUGAAGCAGAGGACAGUCGGGCAUUAAAUGAGAUCCAGGCUCAGUUGCAGGAAAAAUUGCGAUAUUGGUCUGAUGCAUUUGAUGAUGCAUAUGUGCGUGGAAACUAUGAAGAUGCUCUGGCUUCAAUCCGCAGAAUGACCUAUUACAGACGAGCUAAUGAAGAAAUUGUGAAGAAACUCUAGUACUGGUGUCCAAUUUAUAUACAGGCGAAGUAAGAAAGGAGAAUUGUCUUAUGAAUGGGCAGGACUUGGGUAUUAAGUUUUUUUGGUUACUGCCCAUCGGAAUUUGUUUUUUAAUAAGGAUUUGCGCUGUCUACGCAAAAUCCAAUUCUCAUGUUUCCAAAAUGUUACAUUAUUUGGGUAUGGUUCCUGGUUUCUAAUAAAAUUGAGUAAUCUUCAGCUCCUCUCAGGUAGAGUGAGUGAAGACAGCUUGUCA